UCAGUUGAACUUAAAUACCCUUUUCCAGGAAGAAUCUAAGAGAGAAUGAAAAUGGUGCAAGAUGAAGUCCGAAAGGGUCCGUGGACCGAACAAGAAGACGUCCUACUGGUGAACUUUGUUCACUUAUUCGGAGACCGGCGAUGGGAUUUUAUAGCCAAAGUUUCAGGUUUGAACCGAACCGGGAAAAGUUGCAGGUUACGAUGGGUUAAUUACUUGCACCCUGGUCUCAAAAGGGGCAAGAUGACUCUCCAUGAAGAACGACUAGUCCUCGAGCUUCACGCCAAAUGGGGAAACAGGUGGUCGAGAAUUGCUCGGAAAUUACCUGGUCGCACCGACAACGAAGUCAAGAACUAUUGGAGAACUCAUAUGAGAAAGAAGGCUCAAGAAAAGAAACAAGCCGUCUCACCAUCGUCAUCGUCUUCGAAUUGUCAUUCAUCGUCGUCGACAGUCACCGCAGUUGAAUCCUCGCCCUUCUCGGACACUGGAAAGGCAAGUUUCUACGACACCGGAGGCCCCAACAUGGCGGGAUUGGAAGAUGAACACGGUUACUCCAUGGAUGACAUAUGGAAAGACAUUGAUAUGUCCGAAGAAAACACAAUAAUAAAGCCUCUGUCUCCUUCAAUGGCUUCUCCCUCAUGGGAAUACUGUUGGGACUCACUGUGGAAGAUGGAUGAUGAAGAAGAGAGUAAGAUGUUCUUCAACACCAAUCAACUUGUUUCUCGUUAUGAAUACGGAAAAGCAUCAGUAACCGGCUAAUCACAAAUUCAUUUAUUUGUUCAUACUGUAAUACUACUCUAUUUCCUAGGGAAACUCUAACCUGUAUAGCUGUGUUUUCUCCUUUCUUAUCUCAAUCUUGCAUAUAAAUCGCUGAAAUAAUGAUAAUAUCACCUCUGUAUCUUGUUAUAUAAUCAAA